AACAUUUUUUGGAACGUUUAGACCCGAGCCGACGUGAGCUCCAAACUAACGAAGACCCGUCAGUAUAAACGCGCCCAAGAAGAACGCCACCUCUCCUUCUCAGGUUUCAGCUCUGCGAAACGGAAUCCAAUUUUUUUCUCUCUAUUCAACGAAGCGAAACUACCAUCGGCCCGGAGCGUGGAGAAGCAGAUUUCGUUCCAUUGAUUUAAGUCAAUCGAAGUUGGUUGUGCCAUAAGACGGUGCGAUGUCGGCUAGGUUGCUGAAGCAGUUCUUGAAAGAACAAGAACAGAAACAACGACAAGAGCGCCGCGAAAUUGGCGAUGGAAGUGAAGAAGAAGAGGAUGCAGAAUCUCCUGAUUUUGGUAGUCGUUCUUCGAUAAACCCUUUCGAUUUCCUCAACGAAGAAGAUGACGACGAGCCUGACCAGCAGGAUGAGUCCAAAGCCACCGAGGAAACUUUCAUAAGAAGCAGUGACGAAGUUAAACGGGAAAUGACUGCAGUAGAAGGCACAUCAACAUCUAAUUGCAAACCAAAGAAGAAGAACAAGAGCAAGAAGAAGAAGAAAGGCAAAGAGGGUCCUACAAGUGCAAAUAAAGUUGAAGAAUCUUUGGAGGAGGUUUUAGAAAAUUUGUCUUUGGAUGUUAAUUAUUCUGUUAGUGGACCUGAUCCUACAAAAUCCAACUUAGGAAAGGCAAAAGUUAAUGAUAAAUUUGUUAAAAGAUUUGAUCAAUCCAUCUUACAAGUUAAUCCCAAAAAUCUGAAUCCUCAGAAUGAGUUACGAAAAAUUUUUGGUUCCAAAGUGGUGAAGUCAUUUGAGCAAAGUAAUCAAGCUGGAGGUUCUAGGCAGUUACGCGGGGGAAGAAGUGGUGCCCGUCAUAGAAAAACUAAUUUAGUCACUCCAUUGGAACACUGGCCUCAAUGGGAUGGAUCCUUCUCAAUGGAGUUGUUGGAAACCAAGGAUGGUUGCAAUUAUUUCAGGUAUGUGUACUCAGCAUCCUAUGAUGAGACUCAGAGAUUAUUUGAAGGUGCCAAAGCUACUCAUGAUCUGAAUGGUGUAGCAGUUCUUCUGAGGCAUCGCCAUCGUUACCACAUAGAUUCCCUUAUGGCAUUGGCGUACUAUCAUAUGUUAACAGGUGAACAUCAAACGUCAGCGGAUGAGACUGCAAUGUGUUUAUAUGCACUGGAAUGUGCAUGGCAUCCCAUGUUCACUCCUUUCCAGGGUAAUUGCCAAUUGAAAUAUAGCCAUGAAACAAACAAGGCAUUGUUCAAAGUGCUUUUCACUCAUAUGAAAAGCUUAGAUAGACAGGGUUGUUGUCGUUCUGCAUUAGAAGUAUGCAAGCUGUUACUUUCCCUGGAUUCAGAUGAUCCUAUGGGGGCAUUGUUCUGCAUUGACUACUUUGCUCUGAGGGCGGAGGAAUAUGCAUGGUUAGAACAAUUUUCUGAAGAAUAUAAAAGUGACAAUUCUUUAUGGAUGUUUCCUAAUUUUUCGUUUUCCUUGGCUAUCUGCCGGUUUAAUCUUGAGAAGGAGGGAACUUUGGGAGAUUCUUCUGUGGGUGUGGCAAAGUCUAGAUCAGUUGAUUUGAUGAAGCAAGCAUUGAUGCUUCACCCUUCAGUUCUUAGAAAACUAGAAGCAAAGGUCCCUUUGAAAAGUCAGAUCUGGACAACUAUACUCAAGAAUACCUUUUUUCAAGCAGAUAGAACAGGAUCUCUAUCGUUGGAUCAUCUUAUUGAUCUUUACAUAGAAAGAAGUUAUAUUAUAUGGAAGCGUCCAGAGCUGCAAAAGUUUCUUCAGGAUGCUGCUGCACAAGUCAUUGAAGCUCUUGAACACAAUAUUAACGAAGCAAAGGAUUGGGCUUGUGUAAGCAAGGAAGCUUUUUCUUCGGAGAGCAAUGAGUAUGUCCAUUUGCUGGUUUCGGAUUUCUCUGACAAAAUGCCAUCUCUUACACCUGAGAAUCUGGAGAAUGCCAUGGUUGAUUUGAGGAUUGUUGCUGGGCAGAAUGGGGUCCAGGUUGACAAUCAACAAAAUGGUGGUCCUGCUCCACAGCCUAUUGCCAAUCGCAACGCAUUGGCUGUCUUGAUGGAGUCAAUUUUACCAUGGGUUCAUUACGAAGAUGGUGAAGGUGGAGUAGCUGAUGAGGAUGAUGGACACGGGGCCGGACAUGAUUAGUGAGAAGCAAUGAUAUUAUCAUACUAGUUACCUGGUCUUUGGCAGAAGAAAGUUCGAUCGCAAAAACAGUGUCUGUUUAGCUCAGAGUAGCGUCGCGUCGCGUGUGAAAAGCAUGGCCUAGCCUGUCUACAAUUUAUUUGAUUCCAUAACUGAUGGAAGUGCCUUGCAUUUUAACAUAGUAGGCAGUGAGCAAUAUGGAUCCCUUAUUAUAAUCUUCAAAUGCCAACUUAAAUUCCAAAAUGUCCUGUCUACAUUGUUCUUUCCCAUUAGCAUUGAAUCUUUUGUCAUAUGUAAUGAUUUGUUUUCCUUUGUUCCCGAUAGAGAUCAAAUAAUAGAAUUUCCAAGUUACCCUA